AUGAAGGGUCUUUUCUCUGCCACUUUGGCUUCGGCCAUCACUGGCGCUUUCGCGCUUCCGUCUCCCACGGAGAACGGUCCCAUCACUGCUCGCGCCAAGGCCGCAGCAUGUGCUACUCCUGUCACCAUUUCUGGCAAUCCUUUUGCAUCCCGCACCAUCUAUGCCAACAAGUUCUACUCCUCUGAGGUCGUCUCGGCGGCUGCCGCUAUGACUGAUACCGCUCUUGCUGCAUCGGCCCGCAAGGUUGCUGACAUCGGAACCUUUAUGUGGAUCGAUACCCGUGAGAAGAUCUCCAUUGUUGAGGACACCAUCAAGGACGUCGGCUGCAACCAGAUCGCCGCCUUGGUCAUCUACGACCUGCCCGGCCGUGACUGCGCUGCUAAGGCCUCCAACGGUGAGCUUGCUGUUGGUGAGAUCAACAUUUACAAGACAGAGUAUAUCGACCCCAUUGUUGCCAUCUUCAAGAAGUACCCCAACACGGCCAUUGCUCUGGUCAUCGAGCCCGAUUCGCUUCCCAACUUGGUUACCAACGCCAAGCUCCAGACCUGCCAGGACUCUGCCUCUGGCUAUCGUGAGGGUGUUGCAUAUGCUCUCAAGCAGCUCAACUUGCCCAACAUCGCCAUGUACAUCGAUGCUGGUCACGGUGGCUGGCUCGGCUGGAACGACAACCUCAAGCCUGGUGCCAAGGAGCUCGCCACCGUCUACAAGAACGCCGGCAGCCCCAAGUCCGUCCACGGUGUCGCCACCAACGUCGCUGGCUGGAACGCUUGGGACCUCAGCCCCGGUGAGUUCUCCAAGGCCACCGACGCGCAGUGGAACAAGGCACAAAACGAGAAGCAAUACGUCACGCUCUUCUCGCCCGAGCUCAAGAGUGCCGGUAUGCCCAGCCAGGCUAUUGUCGACACUGGCCGCAACGGCGUCACAGGUCUGCGCAAGGAGUGGGGCAACUGGUGCAACAUCAACGGUGCUGGCUUCGGUGUGCGUCCCACGUCCGACACUGGCUCUUCGCUCGUCGAUUCCUUCGUCUGGGUCAAGCCCGGUGGUGAGUCUGAUGGGACUUCGGACAGCUCUGCCAACCGUUAUGAUUCUUUCUGCGGUAAGGAGGAGAGCUUCAAGCCCUCUCCUCAGGCUGGGCAGUGGAACCAGGCCUACUUUGAGAUGCUGGUCAAGAACGCUAAGCCUGCUUUGUAA